AUGGUGGAUGUUAUCGUUUCCGGAGUGGCUGCGCGGCUUACGGAUCUCAUAGCGAAGCAAAUUCGAAAUAGAGUGUAUUUGGUGAGAGGCGUUCAGAGCGAUAUUCAAAAUCUUUCCGGCGAGCUCAAAAGACUAGGAAACACGUUGGACGAUGCAGAGAGGAGAGAAUUCAAGGACAAGAGCGUCAAAGAUUGGUUGAGGAAGCUAGAAGACGCGUCUUACGAAAUGGACGAUGUGUUGGACGAAUGGAACAUUUCCAUUGUCAAACUUCAGCAGAAGAAGGUAGGGUCCUUCAUCCCGUCUCCAAGUCUAGUUUGCAACAACUUUUAUUUUCGUCACAAUUUCGCCUUGAAAAUAAUAGAAGUGAAAAAACGACUCGAUCUGAUUUUCAUGGAGAGAGAUCGGUUCGAUUUUGUGGCCUCUUACCCUAUUCAUGCCUCUCGCGAACCGCGGCUAAGUCAAACUACUUCUUUGAUUGACUUAGCGAAAGUUUGCGGCCGCGAGUCUGAAAAUGAAAACCUGGUAGACAAACUUAUGAGUGUAGGUGGUAGCAGAGACGAAUUAGACGUAUGUGUCCUCUCCAUAGUGGGCCCGGGGGGUAUUGGAAAGACAACUCUUGCUAAACUAGCUUAUAAUGAUAAUCGAGUAAAAAAUUGCUUUCAACUAAGAAUUUGGAUAUGUGUUUCACGUUCUUUUGAUGAGGUUGGAAUAGCGAAUGAAAUUAUUUUGAGGGCAGGGGGAAGUAAACCAAAUACAAACCAAUUAGAUAUGCUAUUACGUUGUCUAAAAGAGUUAAUUUCCGGAAAGAAGUUUCUUCUUGUCCUGGAUGAUGUUUGGAUAGAAGAUAAUACCAAGUGGGAACCUCUAAAAAACUCUCUCAAACAACGUGACGGGGUGGGUAGUAAGAUUUUGGUGACAACCAGAAAUCAAAGUGUUGCUGUAAUGAUGGGUAGUGUUAAGAAUGAGAUCCACCAUGUAGGAAGUCUGUCAGACGAUGAGUGUUGGUUGUUAUUAAGUGAGAUAGCCCUUUCUGGAAAGAACGAGGAGGAAUGUAAAAAAUUUCAUAACAUAGGUAAGAAUAUUGCUAAGAAGUGCAAGGGAUUGCCACUUGCAGCAAAGACUUUGGGAAGUCUUUUGCUUUCUAAGAAUACCUUGAAAGAAUGGGAGAAUGUAAUGAAUAGUGAAAUAUGGGAAUUAGAGAAAGUAGAAAUCGACAUCUUCUCCCAUUUGCUUAUAAGUUACAACGAACUGUCCCCGGCACUUAAGCGUUGUUUCUCAUAUUGUGCUGUCUUUCCUAAAGAUACCAAAAUUGAUGUGGAGAGUAUAGUAACCAAAUGGAUGGCAAUGGGUUACCUAGAAUCACGCGGGAGUAAUGGCGGUGACUGGAAAGUUAGAGGGAGAGAGAACUUUGAUAAGUUAGCGAUGCUCUCUCUAUUUCAAGACUUUAACAGUUGUGGUGAUAAGACGGAAUCGUUUAAGAUGCACGAUAUCUUGCAUGAUUUUGCUCUAUUCCUUAGGAAGAAUGGUAGGGUAGGAGCAGCAGGAAUGAAGAAAACAACCUGCCAAGCUUGUAACAUUUUGAUAGUUUCUCAAGUUCAAGAAUACCGUAGCUUAUUUAACUACAAAGAACUUCCAAAUCCACAUCUUUGUGAUUGCCUCGCACGUGUGAGGUUGUUAAGUUUAAGGAAAUGUGGCUUGAGAGGUAUUCCGAAACAAAUAGAAAAGUUGAUUCACUUGAGAUGGUUGAACUUGGGUCGUAAUAAUUUUCACGACCAAGAUGUGAAGACCGUUUGUAAGCUUUAUAACUUGCAAUUUCUUUGGUUGGACGUGUGCCGGCUAGAAGAGAUUUCCUCUAAAAUUGGGAAUUUGGUUCACUUGAUACACUUGGACUUGAGCUAUAACAAUCUUCUUAAAGAGUUACCGGAGAAAGUAUGCAAUUUGUGCAAGUUAGAAACUUUGAAUGUCGAUGGGUGUGAGAGUCUUUCCAAACUUCCCCAAGGGAUACACAGACUCGUCAACCUCAAACACCUCUAUAAUUCUGGUACUAGGUCUCUCGUGCAAUAUCCUCAAGGACUAGGCCAGUUAACCUGCCUUGACACGUUGAGUCGCUUUGCUUUUGACAAGCUACACUGGAAUGAGUUGGGAUUGUUGAAAAACUUAAACCGACUUAGCGGGUGCCUGGAAUUGAAGACUAACUUUGGUGAUCAAUUACUUGAUGGGGAUAUCAAGGAAGAGCAUCUUGAGGCUAUUCGUGAAGCAGAGUUGGGGAAAAAGAAGCACAUUCAAGAACUUCGAAUAAAUUUUUCUGGACACGUUAUUUUAUUAGAUGCUCUGAAGCCACAUCCGAAUCUACAGAUUCUGGAUCUUACCCUGGCCUGUGAGCAUCGACUUCCAUGGUGGAUCGCCUCGCCCAUCAACCAACUCAUAUCUAUUACCCUCUCUGAAUGUACACACCUAUCGUCGUUGUCGCAUAUAGGUCAACUACCCCUCCUCGAGAACUUUGAGAUCAAAUUUGAAUCUUUUUAUUCUCGAUUGGAGUUUGUUGGACGGGAAAUCUUGGGAAUGACAACAACAACAACAACAACAACAACAACAACAACAACAACAACAAGGGAUCAUAUAAGUGAAGCUUCUUCAUCUUCUUUGACAGCAGCAGCAGCAACAGCAACAACAUCAACAACAAGGGAUCAUAUAAGUGAAGCUUCUUUAUCUUCUUCGAUGGUGGGUAGAAGAAAUACUAACACUAUUGGGUUUCCAAAGUUGAAGAAACUUAAAUUUACGAAUUGUUCGAGGUGGAAAGAGUGGGAGGACAUUACGGCCGAAGAAGAAGAUUCAGAUGCCAUCACAUUAAUGCCUUGCCUGACGGAGCUGAUUAUUCGAAACUGCUCGGAAUUGACUAAGCUGCCACAUCGCCUCCUGCGAAAGGCAUCCCAAAAAGAAAUGCUAACUUACCACACCAUGAAUAAGCUAAAAAUAAACCUCUUCCCCCAUUUGCUUUUGAGUUACAACGAAUUGUCCCCAACACUUAAGCGUUGCUUCUCAUACUGUGCCGUUUUUCCUAAAGAUACCGAAAUUACUUUGAGCAUUCUGAUAACAAAAUGGAUGGCACUAGGUUACCUUGGAGCGCACGGCGACUGGAAACUUAGAGGAAGAGAGUACUUUAAUAAAUUAGCAAUGCGUUCUCUACUUCAAGACUUUAGGGAAGGUGGCUUAGAUGAGAAGAUGAUAACUUUUAAGAUGCAUGAUAUAGUACAUGACUUUGCUCAAUUCCUUAAGAAGAAUGUCGGAUCUAGAAUUAAGAAAACAACAUGCCAAACUUGUAACCCUUUGUUAGUUUCCAAAGUCGAACAAUACCGUAGCUUAUUUCACUACUAUGCACUUGAUCCACAUCUUUGUGAUCGCCUCACUAGUUUGAGGUUGCUGAAGUUAAGAAAAUGUAGCUUGGAAGGUAUCCCGAAAGAAAUAGAAAAGUUGAUUCACUUGAGGUGGUUGGACUUGGGUUGUAAUGAAAUUCCGAACCAAGAUCUCAAGACCAUUUGCAAGCUUUACAACUUGCAAUUUCUUUGGGUGGACGCAUGCGGGCUAGAAGAGAUUCCGCGGGAAAUUGGGAAUUUGGUUCACUUGAUACACUUGGAUUUGGGCGAUAAUAAUUUGUAUUUGGAUGACCUCGAGUCCAUUUGUAAGAUGUAUAACUUGCAAUAUCUCAAUGUCGAAAUGUGCAAGCUACUAGAGAUUUCGGAUGAAAUUGGGAAUUUGAUUCACUUGAAAACCCUGAAUUUGGGCUACAAUAAUUCUUUAGAAGUGUUGCCGGAGAGCCUGUGCAAUUUGCGCGAAUUAGAAAGCUUGGAUAUCACUUCAUGCCGGAGUCUUGUUCGACUUCCCCCAGGGAUCCACACUGUCACGGACUUGUUCCCUUAA